CCCAUAGCAGUCAUUUUCGUACGUCUGGUUCCAAAAUGGUUCUUCAGCGAGGCAACAUCACAAUUUCAGACGACUUUAUAAUAACAACCCCAAACCCCAUAAAAGAACCCACCGAAGGUAUCGGAUGUACUAUAUACACGCAUAUGCAAAACCACACGAACCAAGUUGCUCAGAUUGAUGCCAGAACCGGAGAAGAAGACACUUUUGGUCAACUCUUGCAACGCUGCAUUCGAACCGCUCUCCACCUUCGGGACAAAAAUAUAACACGUGACCAUAUCGUCAGUCUUUGCACCAGUAACCAUCUAGACACUGUGGUACCCUACAUAGCCGCACAGUUUCUAGGUGCUAAAGUAGCCUCCUUGGACACGUCUUUCUCCCAACAAGAAAUGCUCCAUCUGCUAAAACAAAUACGUCCAAGAAUACUUUUCAUAACUCCGGAAUCGGUACCAUCUAUAGAGAAAAGUGUCCAAGAUUUGUGUCUGGAUUCAGAGAUUGUCGUAUUCGGCGAGACCCAAAAACACACUCAAUUUAGCGAUUUUUUGGAGCCUCACUGGAACGAAGACGAGUUCAACCCUGUGACGAUCAACGACUUGAAAGAAACCGCUGUUAUACAUUUCAGCAGUGGUACCACCGGAUUACCGAAGGGAAUAUGUUUGAGUCACCAUGCUUGUAUAGGUCAAAGUUUGAAUAUUACUCAUACCGAGAAUCCCGACCAUGAGUACAUGAAGAGUCAAGCUGAAAGAGUGUCUUUUCCGUUGACUCAACUCGGCUACACUUCUCUGUAUUGGGUAUCCGCUAGUACUAUGUUGUUGACUUCCGUUAUCCAAGGUUUCUGUAGACUAAUAUGCCCAAGUUUUGACGCAAAAGAAAUCUGGGAUUUUAUUGAAAAAUAUAAACCAUUAGUCUUGAUGUUGACGCCUGUUGAAGCAAUGGAGAUGUUAUCACACGUUAGAAACGUCGACGUUAGUAGCAUCUUGAGCAUCAUCAUCGUUGGGUCACCUAUAUCGAAGGAGUACUGCUUAAAAAUACGCCAGGUUUUUCCACAGGCGGAUUUAGCUCGAGGCUAUGGUCAAACGGAAGUGUGUGGAGUGUUAACAAACUUUCGUGGGAAUGAUAUUUUCCACAGACCUCUUAUGAAGCGCGAAGAUAAAAUCGAGUCUGUUGGACUUCCACUUAGAGGAAUAUCCUAUAAGGUUGUGGAUCUCGACACUAAUCAAAAUCUUGGGCCAAAUCAGCGUGGUGAGCUUCGUGUCAAAUCGAGUUUUGUCAUGAAUGGGUACUACAAUAUGGAUUCCUCGGAUUCGUUUGAUGAAUCUGGGUGGUUGAAGACCGGUGAUGUUGUUUACUAUGAUGACGACUGCUGUUUCUACGUGGUGGAUAGAAUUAAGGAAUCUUUUAAAUAUAGAGGAUGGUUCGUUGCACCCGCGCUAAUCGAAAAUGAGCUGUUGAAUCAUCCUGCUGUUAAGCAAGCAGUGGUUGUUGGUAUACCACACGAAGAUGGGUAUCAUCCCAUGGGCUUGGUUGUCGUAAGAGACGGUUUUGGUGUAAGUGAGGAAGAUCUUGAGAAGUUUGUUGAAGAGAGAGUACCAGAGAGACAAAGGUUACGAGCUGGGGUUAAAUUUGUUAAAGAUUUGCCUUUGACGGUGACUGGGAAAGUAAAAAGAAGUGAGAUAAAACAGAUGAUUUCGGAAGGAUUAAAGAAUAUUUGAUUUUUUAGUCAGAUUUGAUAAUAAAUGUACUCGAACU